AUGCCUCGAUCGUUUUUAGUGAAAAGCAAGAGGGCGGGACAUCACUCCACACGCCCCGCCCACUCUCAGCAUCAUGACAGAUGGGCGUCCAGCAGUCGCUCACAGGCUCUGGAGCUGCUGCCCUGUACAUCCAACGACAGCAGCUGGACCGAUAACAGCACUGAUGGAGCUGGAGCUAAACCCACAGAAGCAGUGAAGCAGCCUGGUGUUUAUUCGUCUGACCUGUCGCCUUCUGCUGCGGUGGAGAGUCAGACCGAUCUUGAGCGUCUGAUUCAGGCUUUACUCAGUCACCAUCAGCUGACCAAUGUCCAGACGCCGCUGUGUGAGUGUCCGCUCUGUGAGAAGCUCCUGUCCUCUGCUGCGGGUUUGACAUCUCACUUGUGCAAGUCACACGUCAACAAGGCUGCUCUCCCACUGGGCGGCACCACGAGCCACGCCCAGCAGCACUAUGGGUACAGACCUACAGGAAUACUCAGGGUGAGGGAGCGGAGUUUUGGCUGUAAGGUUUGUGGGAAGGUGUUUAAGAGGUCAUCGACUCUAUCCACACACCUGCUCAUUCACUCAGACACUCGGCCGUUCCCGUGUCCCUACUGCGGAAAGAGAUUCCACCAGAAAUCUGAUAUGAAGAAACAUACGUUUAUACACACUGGUGAGAAGCCUCAUGUGUGCGUGGUGUGCGGUAAAGCGUUCAGUCAGAGCUCCAAUCUGAUCACACACAGCAGGAAGCACAGCAGCUACCAGCCCUUCAGCUGCCCGCACUGCUCGCUCGGCUUCCAGAGGAGAAUGGACCUACAGCGACACCUACAGACACACUCAGAGAAUGACAGCUUACUGUAUCACGGGACCUGAGAGAGACCGGAUGCAUGCAAAACACCUUGCAGGGAUCAUAUAUGUUUGUAUGCUAAAGUUCAAUGUCUAACCUGUUUUGUUGUAGCCUACAAAACAUUUGCUUCUGUCUUACUGCACGUUGUUGCACUAUCCUCCAUUAGCAGCUAUCUGACCUAAAAUGGGUUCUAAUUGGUUCAUUGUAUUCUAAACUUGAUUGGCAAUCAGUUGUUGAAGCUAUUAAGGUGUGCUGACCCAAAAAUCUUUUACAAAC